CCCUUCGUAUCCGGGGCGCGGGGCCCCGCCGAGCGCAGACCGUCCCGGGGGAGACCGCGCCGGACCCCAGGCCCUUACCCCGGCAGGAAGACUGACCGUGCGAACUCAGCGACCUACCCAAGCAGUAUGAAGAUUUUCCUUGUAGAACCUGCCAUUUGCCUCAGUGCGUUUGCCCUGACUUUGACCACCCCACUGACAACACAGUACGUGUACAGGAGGAUAUGGGAAGAAACAAGCAACUACAGUAUUGCACCUGAGAGCAAUGUUUCUGAGUGUGAAAAAAACAAAAGCAGCCCGAUUUUUGCAUUCCAGGAGGAAGUUCAGAAAAAAGUGUCUCUUUUUAAUCUACAAAUGGACAUAAGUGGGUUAAUUCCCGGCCUACUGUCUACAUUCAUACUUCUGUCCCACAGUGAUCAUCAUGGACGAAAAUUCCCUCUGAUUUUGACUUCUGCUGGAGCUCUUGUGACCAGUGCCUGGCUCUGUCUGCUUUCCUAUUUUGCCUUUCCAUUCCAGCUUUUGAUUGCCUCUACCUUUAUUGGGGCCCUUUUCGGCAAUUCUACAACAUUUUUGGGUGCCUGUUUCGCCUACAUAGUUGAUCAAUGUAAAGAAGAGAAACAAAGAACAAUUCGAAUAGCUAUCAUUGAUUUCAUACUUGGGCUUGUUACUGGAUUAACAGGGCUGUCUUCUGGCUACUUUAUUAGAGAACUAGGUUUCGUGUGGUCCUUUUUCAUUAUUACCAUGGCUCUUACUGUUAACUUGAUUUAUAUUUUAUUUUUUCUUGGUGACUCAAUGGAGGAGUCUUUGUCUCAGAAUGUUUCCAUAUCAUGUAGUGAAGGCUUUAAAAAUCUAUUUUACCAAACGUACAUGCUUUUCAAAAAUGCUUCCAGUGGGCGACGGUCUUUGCUCUGUUUGUUACUUUUCACAAUGAUCACUUAUUUUUUCGUGAUAAUUGGCAUUUCCCCCAUUUUUAUCCUCUAUGAAUUGGAUUCACCACUCUGCUGGAAUGAAGUUCUUAUAGGUUAUGGGUCAGCUUUGGGUAGCAUCUCUUUUUUGACUAGUUUCCUAGGAAUCUGGGGUUUUUCUUACUGUAUGGAAGAUAUCUACAUGGCCCUCAUUGGCAUUUUUACCACCAUGGCAGGAAUGGCUAUGACUGCUUUUGCCAGAACAACAUUGAUGAUGCUUUUAGUCAGGCUGUUCUUCCUCUUCUCUAUUGUGCCGCUCUCUGUUCUGCGGUCCAUGAUGUCAAAAGUGGUUCGUUCUACUGAGCAAGGGACCCUGUUUGCUUGUAUUGCUUUCUUUGAAACACUUGGUGGAGUCAUUGCAGUUUCUACUUUUAAUGGAAUUUAUUCAGCAACUGUUGCGUGGUACACAGGCUUCACCUUUCUGCUGUCUGCUGGUCUGCUACUAAUUCCAGUGGUCAGUCUAUGUGUUGUCAAGUGCAGCAGUUGGAACAAGAGAAGCGAAGCACUUCUUAUCCAAGAAGAAUCCAGUGAAGACACGUCAGACUCAUGAUUCAUUAUGGUUUCAAAGCAAUGCCCAUGCCAUGUACUCUGACUUCUGAGAUGUCCAGCUGAGCUCCAUAAUCAACACUUCAAGAACGAUCAAUGUUUCAUGUCCUUUCUUCUAGCUGGAGCAGUGAGAGGAGCCCCGGCUCCAGUUCUUGCAGGACCCUGCACUUCGAGCACUUUAUGCACACCAUGUGCUGUGUUUCUGGUACGGAGAACAAAUCUCAAAACGCUUCCCCUUGUUUGGAUUUACAAAAGAAACUGAAACUAAACAGUAUCAGGAGGGAUUAAGACUCCUGAUAUGAUCAAAUACAAUAACCUCCCUGGCAUUCUCCAGUCUCUCACACUGAGAUCAAGGAGAGCGCUUUACCUCAGUUUCUUCUUCUGUAAAAUGGGUUCUUGACCUCUCACCAGGAUUUUGAAGACAACUGUUGAAAAUUAUGAUGACUUAUUCACUGAUAGGAAAAUAAUAAUAGAAGUUUCAAAUAUUUAUAAUUUUACCUCUUCUUAGGUAAUGCUUUGUUUUAGAGAUCCCAUCAAAGUGCUGUGGACAGUGAAAGCUUUUAAUAGAUGCAAAACCCUUAAAACAGAGGCACUUUAAAGAAUAGAAUACAUAUUUUCACUUUCCCUAAUAUGCUUCAUCAGUGAUAGGCAUGAUAUUUCUGUAUGUAACAAAGGGGUAACUGGAAAAAAUCAGAUUAUAAAUAAAAUUGUUCCUAAAGAAACCUAAAAACUGAGUAAACAGCCAACCGUGAAGUAAA